UCCCCCCUCCUCUCCUCCCCCUCAUUCCCGGACCCACAGCUGGGGGGACCGAGGGUGCGCAGGAGGGCUGGGAAAGUUGGGGGUAGUACUCUCUCCCCACUCCUUCUCUCCCUCCCCCUUUCUUCCCCAGCAGGAAGUGGGAGCCAGGACCAGCAAAGUUGAGGGAGCAGGGAAGGCCCCAUCCGACUGACAAAGUUUGACCACAAGAGGAAGUGGCCUGAGCGAGCCCUGGGAGGGAGCCGGCUGGCCUGAGCAGGGGGCACCCUGUGCCCCCCUCCCUCACCAGCCCAGCCCAGCCUCUGGGCAGCAGAAGAGCCCCUCUGGUGCCCUCCCCGGGGAGGGCACCCCCCCCCCCCCCCCCCCGGCCACCCCAAGACUGCCAGUUUCCGGAGCCGGCCCCAGGAGGAAGCUCCCGGGGAAAACAACUCUGAAGUUGGCCAGAGGCACCGCCCCGGCUGCUGCUGCUGCUGCUGCUGUUCCUGCGGGCACCGCCUCCCCGCCCCCAGCCCUGGCAUCCAGACCAAGGGCCACCCAGGGGAGGCGAUGGGGCCCAAGCGGGGAGGCUGCCCCGGGGGGCAGGACAGACCCUAAAGGCCACCCCGAAGAGUAGGAGCCCUGACCCCUUCAGACCAGCCAGGAUGUUUCCUGUCUUCUUCCUCUUCCUCCUCCUGGUUCCCCCAGGAGGCAUCGGGGCCCACCCGGACAGGACCCCCUUUCCAAAUCCGGCCUGCAGGGACCCUCCUGCUGUGCUCUCCGGUGUCCAGGGAAGUCUGCAAUGGCCCCAAGGCCGGGAAAGCCACCUCCUUCCCAUCACUUGUAUCUGGGUCAUCGUGGGCAGCAAGGAGCAGAUAGUGACAAUCAGGUUCCAGAAGCUGCACCUGGCGUGUGGCUCGGAGCACCUGAUGCUGCAGUCUCCCCUGCAGCCACUUAUUUCCCUGUGUGAAGCGCCUUCCAGCCCACUCCGGUUCUCUGGGGGCAACGUCACCAUCACCUAUGGCUAUGCCGGGAACGGCCGGCCUCCAGGACAAGGCUUCCUGCUUUCCUAUACUCAAGACCGGUUCACGUGUCUGCGGGAGGAGUUCCGAUGCCUGAAUCACAGGUGUGUACCCAGGGCCCAGCACUGUGACGGGGUCGAUGACUGCGGCGAUCAGUCGGAUGAGACCGGCUGUGGCCCGGGCCCUUUCCACAGCUUGACUGCCCUCCCCGGCCCUGCUUGCAACCGCUCCCUGCAAGAUUUUUACGGCGUCUUCUCUUCCCCGGGCUACCCCAACUCCGUGCUGUACCCCAGCCCUCACUCCUGCCUCUGGCUGCUGGAUCCCCAUGACGGACGGCGGCUGAUCGUCCGCUUCACCACCCUGGAGUUGGGCAAGUGGGAUUCCGUGCACGUGUACGAUGGCCCCGGGCCCCCAGACCCGGCUCGCCUGCUCCGAACCCUCAACUACUUCAGCAAUGGCAAGGCCAUCAUGGUGGAGACGCUGUCCGGCAAGGCCACUGUGACCUACCACAUGGGGCCCUGGAACAGCGGCGGGUUCAACGCCACCUACCACGUUAAAGGGUACUGCCUGCCCUGGGACCGGCCUUGCGGUGCAGGCUCCGGAGAGGGCCCCGGGGAAGGCCCGGGCGAGGGCUGCUACAGCGAGGCGCAGCGGUGCGAUGGAGUCUGGGACUGUGCCGAUGGCACGGACGAGAGGGACUGCCCAGGGUGCCUGCCCGGGCACUACCCCUGUGGGGCUCCCGGAACUCCCGGCGCCAGCGCCUGCUACCCGUCUGCCGACCGCUGCAACUACCAGACAUUCUGCGUGAACGGGGCAGACGAGCAGCAGUGCCGGCACUGCCAGCCGGGCAACUUCCGGUGCAGGGAUGAUCGGUGCGUGUACGAGACAUGGGUGUGCGACGGGCAGCCCGACUGCUCCGAUGGCAGUGACGAGUGGGACUGCGCCUACGCCCUGCCCCGGAAGGUCAUCACGGCCGCCGUCAUCGGCAGCCUCAUCUGCGGCCUGCUGCUUGUCAUCGCCCUGGGCUGCACCUGCAAGCUCUACGCCAUCCGCACUCAGGAGUACAGCAUCUUUGCUCCCCUUUCAAGAGUGGAGGCUGAGAUUGUCCAGCAGCAAGCACCACCCUCCUAUGGCCAGCUCAUAGCUCAAGGUGCCAUCCCACCUGUUGAGGACUUCCCAACAGAGAACCCCAAUGACAACUCAGUGCUGGGGAACCUUCGAUCUCUGCUGCAAAUCCUGCGCCAGGACGUGUCUUCAGGGGGCUCCUCGGGUAGCCGCCGCCGCCAGCGGGGCAGAUCCACUCGACGACUAGUUCGCCGUCUCCGUCGUUGGGGCUUACUUCCCCGUGCAAAUGCCCCUUCCAGGACCCCGGACUCCAACCUACAGGCUGCAUCUGCCCCUUCUACCUCUGAUGCCCCAGAGGGCAGUCAGGGCACCCCUUUAGAAGGAGCGAUGGGUGGGCAAGAUCCAGAGGAGGCCCCUCCAUUGCCUCUCAAGGUGCCCCUUUCUUCUACCAACACCCCCUGUACAGCCCCUGAAGACCCACCCCCUUCAACUACCCCACCUCCACCACCAUCGUCUCUGUUGUCUGGGGUGGUCCAGGCUCUCCGUGGUCGCUUCAUGCCCAACCUUCGGUCCCCUACGCCCUCCCAGGCCACACCAGACCCCCGAACAGUGCCCCCAUCCCAAGAGGAUGAGGAUGACGUGCUGCUGCUGCCUCUGGCAGAACCUGGGCCAUGGGCAGGGGAGGAGGAUGAGCCGAUGCUGACCUAGGUCUCCAUGGCAACAGCCCCUCUGCCAGGCAGCCCAGGAGACGGUCUGUGCAGCCUGGGGAGAUUGCCCCUACCCCAGACCUGAGGAGAUGCCAAAUGAUACUCUUCUUCUCAUAUCUUGCCCAUAGCCUUGCUGUAGCUACUGUAAAGUUGAAUGUCCCAGAGCUAAUGGGACUCCGACCCUGUUCCCUCACUAUCAGGGCAGUGCCUACUAUAUCUUGAAUAAGAAUCCUACACAGAGUUCCCACAUAAAGGCCAAAAAUAGGCGGUGCUCCUGGCUUCCCCCCAGAGUCUGUGGCUAUUCAAAAAUGAGUAAAUAAGUAAGCUUUUAAAGGGUCAGGUGGCAGGACAUUCCUCCCUUGAUAAUUCCUUCCUCCCUUGUCCAGAAUUCCUAGAGCAGGGAAGCACAUCAAUCUGCAAAUAUCUCCAGCCCCCAGGGGAAGGGUUGGGACAGGAUUUGGAGCUCUGCUGUCUAGGAGACCUGCACUGGUUCUUGUUCAACAAGAAAUGAAGAUAAUAAAAAAAAAAAAAAAAAAAAAAAAAAA